AUGAUGGGAGAUGCGGCGAUGACGGGCGACGCCGGCGCGGGCGACGCCGGCCCGCGGGGAACCGGCACGGCCCUCCGCUGGAACUACAAGGGCUUCGGCUUCAUCAAGCCCGACGACGGCGGUGGCGACCUCUUCUGCCACUACUCGUCCAUCCUCGACGGCAACAUGCUGCGGGAGGGCGCCCAGGUGCAGUUUGUCAAGGUGUACGACGAGCGCAAGGGCAAGGAGCGCGCCGAGCAAGUCACCGGCGGCGAGGAGGAUGCACUCGGCGGCGGCGGCGGCGGCGGCGGCGUUUCGGGCCCGCCGCCAGAGGGCAUGAUCCAGGGCAAGGUGGUGCGGUGGAACGGUGAGAAGGGCUUCGGCUUCAUCGCGCCCGACGACGGCGGGGAGGACCUCUUCUGCCACUUCUCGCAGAUCAGCGACGGCAACGCGCUCGCCCAAGGCAGCGCGGUCCAUUUCGUGAAGGAGUGGGAUGACAAGAAGGGCAAGGAGCGCGCCACGCGCAUCAUCGGCGGCUUCCGCGAGGACCGGCGCGGCGGAGGCGGCGGCGGGUACGGCGGCGGAGGAGGGUACGGCGGCGGCGGGUACGGCGGCGGCGGAUACGGAGGAGACGGCGGGUACGGCGGAGGAGGCAGCGCCGCCGCCCUCUAA